ACAUAAAAUCACGUAAGGACGUAAAACGUAAGCGUAAGAAAAUCGACCAAUCCCAAUCAAGUAUUGUGCUGUCUGUAACCCCAGUAGGGGAAAAUACUCGAUUGGGAUUGAUCGAUUUUCUUACGUUUUACGUCCUUACGGCAUAUUAUGUGUGAAGGCCUUGUGAACCACAUCGUAUAAUAAUCAUGGUGGAAGUAUACAUUCCACCAUGAUCGUAAUCGUGCGCGCCUUCAAGCCGGGCGACGAGACCGGUUGCACGAAAUUGAUUAGAGACAGCGUGAUGUCUUCCCUGGGUGCCACGUUCUGCGGGAUGCUGUUCAAGGAGGUAACUUUCCAGCUGAUGAUCCUGUUGUCCGCGAUAAUGUUCAUCUUCUUCGGGAUGCCGCUGACCAUCUGCCUCUUAGUUGUGCCUGUGGUCGUCGUACUUAUGUACGUCGGCACAUAUGUCAGCUUCGCCGCAAAGCUAACGGAGAUUAACGAGGAGGUGGCUAAUAUUCCAAGACUUUACAUGUCGAACGCCUUUUCUCGCUUCUGGGUCGCCGAAGCGUUUGAACCUCACUUGAUGACGCGACAUCCUAAAGAGGUUCAUUAUACCAUAAUGACGGAAGAACAGUUUCGCCAAGCCAACAUAAGCGUCUCCUCGCAGGCCAAGAAGAUAGUGGGAACUGUCGCUUUGUGCAAAAGUUACCGGUCAGAUAGAAGCGCGUGGAUAAAGAGGCUGUGUGUGCAUGAGCAAUAUCAGAGAAAGGGUAUAGCAUCGUGCCUGCUCAAUAUUACUGUGCAAUUCGCAAUUGAUGCAGGGUACAGCUGCGCUAACAUAGUAGCUUCCGAAUAUACCGAAGAGGGUAGGGAACUGUGCCUUAAAAAAGGAUUUGAACUUAAACAAAUAUACCACAAGUCUAUCCUAGGUUCAUAUAUAACGAUAUUAAUGUACGAGUUAACGUACCGGAUCAAACCUACUGAAGAUGAUUACAUAUCUGGGAUGGACUUUCAAAAAGAGUUUUUAAAUCAAUUCUAACGAUUAGGUUUUCAUAGUGCGCUAAUUGAGAUAACGAAUCUCUUGAAAAACGAAUGAGACUGAUUGACUGAUACUGUGUUCCCUGCGAAACAAAGUGCUCCAACCAAAUAGUGAUCUCUACUUGAUUGAUACGCUUAGUAUUAUCCAAAUUUUAUAUUAACCAAUGGAAGGAUAUUAAAUGUAUAGGAGAGGUAUUAUUUUUUACGAAAUGUUUGUUAGAUAUUUCAAAUAUUGUUGUAUAUAUCAUAGAAUUAAUAUUAUUGUCAUGUAUAUUAUU